AUGGCACCUAUCCAUGUCGCUGUCUCAGACUCUGAGAAGCAGCUUCUGAUACCGCCCACUUCGGACCACAAGCCGAACUCAAGGCGGUCAGGCCGUGUGAUCCUCAUUGUCAAAAUUGCCAUCACGGCCACUGCAGCGGUUUUGUAUUUGUUUAUCCUCUUUCCUACGUUGAGGACUUAUAUUCUCCCUAAAUCGUGGAGGGCCACGUCAAAUACACUGAACCAAGACGGAGAUGCGAGCCUUGGAGCCGUCUCGAGCGAAAGCUCGAUCUGUAGCGCAGCUGGAAUCGAUAUGUUGAAAAUGGGAGGGAAUGCUGCCGAUGCUAUGGUUGCAACCGUUUUCUGUGUUGGUGUAAUCGGUAUGUAUCAUAGUGGAAUCGGCGGUGGAGGAUUUGUGCUUGUCAGAUCGCCUGACGGCACAUUUGAACAUGUCGAUUUUCGGGAAACUGCUCCCGCCGCAGCAUUUCAGGAUAUGUUCAACGAUAAUAAGCAAGCAUCCGUGGUCGGUGGACUGGCUAGUGGCGUACCCGGUGAGGUUCGUGGCUUGGAAUACAUACACACAAAGUACGGCACUUUACCGUGGUCUACAAUCCUCCAACCCGCUAUUAAAGUCGCUCGAGACGGUUUCGUCAUCACAACAGACUUGUCUCGCGCCAUCAACGCCAGUGUAAGGGACCACGGUGAUUUUCUCAGUACUGACCCAUCCUGGGCUCUAGACUUUGCGCCAAACAGCACGUUAUUAGGACUCGGAGAUACGAUAUAUCGAAAACGUUAUGCCGACACUCUUGAGAAAAUUGCAACCGAAGGGCCCGAUGCAUUUUAUAUUGGCCCCAUUGCUGAAGCGAUCAUUCGAGCCACUAGGGAGGCGAACGGGACAAUGACGUUGGAUGAUCUUCGACGCUAUGAAGUUCUCAUUCGUGAUACUAAAGAGAUUGAUUAUCGCGGUUAUAAGAUUACGACCACAUCGGCGCCGUCUAGUGGGACUGUUGGUUUGAGUAUAUUGAAGAUUGUGGAGGGGUAUAGUGAUUUCUUUCACCCGGAGACUAUGAACCUGAGUACGCAUCGACUCGAUGAAGCUAUGAGAUUUGCGUACGGCCAGAGAACGAGCUUUGGUGACCCGUCAUUUCUACGAGACUUACAUCAACGUGAAGAAGAUAUGCUGAAUGAUACUGUGGCCUCUGCAAUCCGUGGGCGGAUUUCUGAUUUUCAUACCCAGAAUGUUUCGGCUUAUAAUCCAGACGGCCUUGAGAGUCUAGACACACCGGGAACCUCACAUGUUUCAACUGCGGAUCGGUCUGGUCUCGCAUUGUCUUUGACAACGACCAUCAAUCUCUUUUUCGGUAACCUGAUCAUGGUCCCAGAGACGGGAAUUAUCAUGAAUAACGAAAUGGACGAUUUCUCCAUACCUGGUUCAUCAAACCAGUUCGGCUACGCCCCUUCACCUUCAAACUACAUCCAACCUGGGAAACGCCCUCUAUCAUCCAUCACUCCAAUAAUCGUAGAAAACGCAGAUGGAUCACUAUACUUCGUCACCGGCGCCGCUGGCGGCAGUCGCAUCAUCACCGCAACGGUCCAGAGUGUCAUCAACCUAAUCGACAGAGGGAUGACACCUUUACAAGCACUUUUAGAACCUCGCCUUCACGACCAAUUGAUUCCGAAUGUGGUUGCAUUAGAGCCUGAUUUUGACCAGGAUAUUGCACGGUUUUUGAAGAGUCGAGGCCAUAAUGUGACUGAGCUGAUGGUAAGUGCCAGUUCAGCGCAAUGUGUCCGGUUGUUGCCGAAUGGCACGUUUGAGGCCGCUGGGGAGCCGAGACAGCGGAGUUCUGGGGGAUUUGCUAUUUAG